GCCUGUAGCGACGCAUAAAAAGAAAGAAGACUAUCGGCGAACGUAGUAAGAGCGUCUGGACCGAGUAGAGUCAACGUUGUCGAAGUGUUUACUGCGAAGUUUACAUAUAUCAUCCACAUUUAUAUCAACCACAUAUUAUUUCUUCACUUCUUGAUCUAAAUAGAAGCAGUAGUAAGCAGAAUAAGAGCUGAAGAAUCAGAAAAUAAAACUGGGAAUAAGUAGAAGGAAGUAGAGACGAGCGAAAGUUCGCUCAGGUCAUUAUGAAGGAGUUCUUAGUUGUGCUAUGUGCGAUCCUGGCUGUUACAACAGCCAGAGUGGUGAUUAAUAUUGAAGGUCAAGAUACCCCUCAUUUGUUGGGUUCUAAAGCUUGUACAUGGGGACCUUCAUAUUGGUGUCAAAACAUAACCACUGCUGCAGGAUGCAACGCAACAAAGCAUUGCAUUCCCAAGGUUUGGGAAAAACUGCAAGUACCAGAAGAUCAUGACAGUGUUUGUCAAAUUUGCAAAGAUAUGGUCAAACAGGCUCGUGAUCAAUUAGAAAGCAAUGAAACUCAAGAGGAUUUAAAAACUGUCUUUGAAGGGAGUUGUGCCUUGAUCUACAUUAAGCCAAUUGUUAAGGAAUGCGAUAAAUUAGUUGAUGAAUUUAUUCCUGAACUGGUUGAAACUUUAGCAUCUCAAAUGAAUCCUUCAGUGGUUUGCUCUGUAGCUGGACUUUGUAACUCUGCUCAUAUAGAUAAACUUAUUGAAGAAUAUGAAAAACAAUCUAAAAUAAAGAAAUUAGAAUCACAAAUGUCUUUAGAGAAUGAUGAAUAUAAACCUAAUGAUUGUUCGAAAUGCUAUACAGUAGCACAUCACAUGGAACAUAAAUUCAGUCAAACAUCUCGUGAUAAAGUUCUUGAACAAUUUUUGCACAUCUGUGGUGAAUUCAGCUCAUUUUCUGAUGCUUGCUCUUCUAUUAUCCUUACCAAUUUUGAAGUAAUUUAUUCACACCUUCAAAAUAAUUUGAAUGCUGAUAAUGUUUGUCAUUUAUCUGGAAAAUGUAGCUACAAAUUUCAUAUCCAUAAAAAUGCAACUGAAAAGACUCCAGAAGUUGAAAUUCGUCCUUUAUCCAGUGUGGGUAUGGUUGAAAUCAAUGAUGAUUUGCCUUGCAAACUUUGCGAACAACUUGUUGGUCAUUUAAGGGAUCUAUUAGUAGCUAACACAACUGAAGCUGAAUUCCAGCAAGUUCUUGAAGGGCUUUGCAAACAAACUAAGUCGUUUGCACAAGAGUGCAAAUCAAUCGUUGAUGAAUACUAUCCUGAAAUAUAUGCUUUCCUUACUAAACGUUUAGAUGGUAAUGCUAUUUGUCAAAUGGGAGGUUUGUGCCCAGCACCUAAUAAGAAGUCAGCUCCUAUUUGGCCACUUGUACCAGAAUCUCAUGCUAAGAUUGCUGUGCGAAUUAUGAAGGAAAGUAAACCAAAAGUGCUGGAAGCUAAUGAAAUGCAAUUACCUUUAGAGCGGAUGUCUCUACCAAUGUUCAGUCCUUUAUUCAUUGAUGAUAAGUACUGUACAAGUUGCGAAUUUGUGAUGAACUACGUAAAAAAAAAUGUUGAAGACUUGAAGAAUCGGGAGGAAGUGACAAUGGUUCUUAACGAUAUGAAAACCCAUCUUCCUGGCAUCAAAGAAGAAUCAAAUGAAGAAAACUUUUUAACAAAAUAUGAACCAGCUAUAAUUGAGUUAGUUCUUAAUGGAAAAGCCCUUUCAGAAAUUUGUCCAUUAGUUGCUGUUUGCCCCACAAAUCAACAAAUUCAAGCUUGGGAACAGAUUCCUGGUGAAAUGACAGAGAAACUGUCAGUUCAAGAUAAACCCAACUGCCCUCUAUGUCUUUUUGCAGUAACUAAGUUAUAUGAACUUGUAAAAGAUGAGAAAACUGAAGCUAGUAUUGAAGCAGCUCUGGAGAAGUUGUGUCAUGAAUUACCGAAAAGUCUUAAUGAACAGUGUACUGAUUUAGUAAAAAUUUACAGUAAAGAGUUGAUUGAUAUGUUACUUAAAGAUAUGACUCCACAAGAAGUUUGUGUAUCCCUCCAAUUUUGCGAUCGUUCACAAAGGGCCAAUCACAAAUCAAAAUUGUUUUUCCAAGACAAAAUCGUCGCAAUUCCCCAAAAUGAUGUUGAGGGCAAACAAGCAUGUGCUUUUUGCGAAUAUGUGAUGCAUUAUAUUCAACAAGCCAUAACUAAUCCUAAGUCGGAGGAUAAAGUAAAGAAAGCUAUUGAUAAAAUAUGUACAAAACUACCUACUUCUGUAGGAAAUGAUUGUAUUGAGUUUAUAAACGCGUAUGGUGACGCAUUAGUAUCAAUUAUUGUUCAAGAAAUUGAUCCGACACAGGUUUGUCCUAUGAUUCAUUUAUGCCCGUCAACUCAAUUACUUGAAGCUUUGAAGAUGAUACCGGAAGAACAUGUGAUAAAAACUAAAGUUGAGGAUAAACCGAAUUGUCCUCUUUGUCUGUUUGGGGUGACACAGUUGUACAAUGCUAUUAAAGAUAAUAAAACUGAGGCGUCUAUUGAAGCUGCUUUAGAAAAGUUAUGCACUCAUCUGCCAAAAAGUUUAUUAGAUCAGUGUGAUGUUUUUGUUCAAAAUUAUAGCAAACAAAUUAUAGAAAUGAUUCUUGCAGACUUAACACCACAAGAAGUUUGUGUUUACUUACAACUAUGUGACGCAGAAAAAGGCGACGUUGAACCUGAAAUUACGAUCUUCCCUUUGGAUAAAAAUGGCGAAAUAAUGACCAAUGAAAUACCUAAUGGUCCAAUGUACACAGUAAAUGUUGAAACAGUGGAAAUUUUUAGUGGAGAGUUAGUAGGUGACGAUAUGGAAUGCACAGUAUGCCAAUUUGUUAUGCAAUAUCUUGAAAAAGCUAUGGGUAGUCGUAAAUCAAAGGAUGAAAUUGAACAUUUGGUUCACAAUGUUUGCAAUCAUCUUCCUAAACACAUGGCUGACAAAUGUAACAAUUUCGUCAACGAAUAUGCUGAAAUUGUUAUUGAACUUCUGACUCAAGAAGUUAGUCCAAAAGAAAUCUGUACAAUUGUUGAUCUUUGCAAACCCGACACGACACGAAUAAGAGAAUUUGUUGCAGAAUGUGCUUUAUGUCAGGUUAUUGUAACGAAUAUUGAAAAGCUUUUAGUUGAUCCAAAAACAGAUGAACAUAUUGAAGAAGUCAUGGCUAAAAUCUGCAAAUAUUUACCAGAAAAUGAACAAGGAAAAUGUACAAUGCUAAUGGAAAUUUAUGAACAAAGUAUAAUCAAUAUAAUUAAGACUCAUGGGGAUACAAAAAAAAUUUGUUUAAAGUUAGGUCUUUGCUCCGCUAACGAUUUUUUAAUAAAAUUGACUGUAAAUAGAAGAACUAGGCGACAAACAGAGGAUAAAAACCUUGGUACAAAACCUUGCACUUGGGGAGAAUUUUAUUGGUGUAUAAGUGAUAAAACUGCAGAGGAAUGCAAGGCCAGUGAAUUAUGCAAAAAGAAAGGCCGCCUUUCUGAAUCAUCCCCAACUUUAGCUACAGUUGUCUCUAACAAUAUUGAAAUUAAAUCUAAAAAUAAUGAGAAUAAAAUGGAGAAUGAAAAGGCUGCAGUAACCAAAGAUAUAUCAUCAUCAUAAACAAAUAACGCAAUAAAAUUAUUUAAAAUUAGUUUUUUCAAUGAAUAACAUUGUUUGCUCAAGCGAUAAUGGUUCUCUACUUGUCAUCAAUAUUUACUUAUUAUUUUGCAAUAAUUGAUCCUACAUGAAAACACAUUAGUGUGAGUGAGGCUGUUUAUCAAGAUGUGUCAUAUAAUUAUCUGAAUAUUUUUGUGGCAUAUAGUUUUAUACUUGUAUAAUUUCAAAUACUUAUUAAUCGAACAAAUUUUAUAGUUUAUAGUGUCUUAAUUACUUUUGUAUUUAAAUUUACUUGAUAGUUUAUUUAGUGAGUUCUUGGAUUUUCACUUUUUCAAUAUUAAAAGAGCAGUAUUUAUAGGUUUCAGAAAACAUUUUCUUGAAUUUGAUUUGAUAAUUUGCUCAUAAAUCAAAAUUCAACAUGUUAAUCUUAGAUCUAUGUUAACUGUGAUAAUGAAAUCUUAAUACAAAAAUAACUGUAAUUCAA